AUGGCCACGACCACUGACGCCACUACUACGGCAGCUACAACUACCACUGAUGCUGGGGACCAAACUGUGAAUGAAGGAGAUGAUAACAGCAAGAUGUUGUUUGUUGGAAAUCUGCCGUUCAAAUUGACUCGCGAUGCAUUGAUCCAAUUCUGUGAGCGUGCUGGCAAAGUGAUGGAAGCAACAAUCGUCAAACAUGGCCGUCGCUCAAUGGGUUAUGGCUUUGUGCUUUUUGACAGCGUGGAUGAUGUUGACAAGGCCAAAUCACAACUUGACAAGGCUGAACUUGAAGGACGUCAAAUCAAUGUGGAAGCAGCCAAAACGAAUCAAAGCAUUUGGUCACCUUCUGCUCGUCGUCGUAAUCGUCGUCGUCGGUCUUCAGCACGUACCACCACCAACAGCACUGAAAAGUCGACUCAUAAGGAUGAGGAUGAGGAUGAGGAUGAGGAUCAACAACAGCAGCAACAACAACAGCCAAAACCUCGUCGUCGCCGUCGUCACCGCCGUCAAUCUUCUCGUCCUCACGAUGAUGAUACUACUCGACGCAAGGAGCCAAGUAAAACAAUGGUGUUUGUAGCCAACAUACCAUACGCUACUUCAGAUGAGGAUUUACAAGAGUUGUUCAAGGACUAUAAAGUGGCAUCGGCUCAAGUGGCUCGGGCUCGUAGUGGUCGAUCCAAAGGAUAUGCAUUUGUGGACCUUGUUUCCCAAGAUGAACAACAACGCGCCCUUGAAGAGAUGAAGGAUGUGGAGCUUGAUGGGCGAAUCAUUUACUUUAAACCUGCCAUGUCAUCAUCGUCUCCUAUUGCUGCAACUGAAACAUCUGCCAACAAGGACAAUGAUGAUGAUGAAGAGAAAAGUACAGCAGCAUCAGCACCAGCACCAGCACAGAAUGACACCAAGAAUGAGGAGGAGACAAGUACCACUGAAAAAGAGAACAAGGAGUAG